CAUGCAAAAGAACACUGCCUCGGAACAACCUCACAGAGAAAUCUACACGGGUAUCGCAGUCCGCAAAGACGGUGUUAAAGGGAGCGACCCGCUACCGACCCCCAACCACUCGUUUUAUAUCAAAUUAAAGGCGUGGAAUCCUCCGAUAACCUGGAAUCAACAAAAAAGUAUUUACACAGGAGAAAACGAAGAGUUCAAGGGCGACGUGGACCCUGCUGUCAUAUUGAAUACGGCGAAGACAUUUCCUCGAUAACUCCCUCAACAUGGCCUCCCCGGGCCUCAGUCUAAAUCCUUUCAAGCUGGCCAGCCAGAUACAGCAGAUGGGCGACCCGCGAACGCGGGACUAUCCGGUGGUCAUGAACCCAUUGGUUGUGUUCCCGCUGACCAUCUUCUACGUCUACUUCGUCAAGGUUCUAGGUCCGCGCUGGAUGAAGAACCGGGAACCAUUCCAAAUCAUCAACCUCGUGCGCGUAUACAACCUGGCAAUGGUGCUUCUAAACGCCCGUUUCUGCUACAUCGUCGUCUUCCACGCCUACUACCCUCGCCGGCGCUACAGCCUCUGGUGCCAGGGCGUCACGGGAAAGAUGGACGAAGAACUGGCGUACUACUAUCGCACUGGUUGGUGGUACGUGGCCGUGAGGUACGCCGACUUCCUGGACACAGUGUUCUUUAUAAUGCGGAAGAAGUUCAACCAGGUCACUCACUUGCACGUCAUCCACCACGUGAUCGUGGCGGUGAACGCUUGGUUUUGGGUGCUCUUCGCGCCCGAGGGCCAACCGGCGCUCGGCCUGGCCAUCAACGCCGGAGUGCACACUAUCAUGUACACGUACUACUUCUUGGCUGCCAUGGGCCCGGCCAUGCAGAAGUACCUUUGGUGGAAGAAGUACCUGACGCGUAUCCAGAUCAUCCAGAACGUGGUGUUCAUGAGCCACAUGGCCAUCCCGUUGUUCGUGGACUGCGGCUUUCCCCGGUACCUAAUUUGGGUGGCGAACGCCCAAACUUUCCUUGUCAUGUGCUUGUUCAUCAACUUCUACAUACACUCGUACAUCAAGAGGCGAGGGACGCCGAAGCUUGAUGCAGGCCACGGAGGAGCUAAGGAAAAGUCUUAUGGUGUGUCGAACGGCAAGCACGACUAGCAUCUCGGCGUAGUGUGUACAGUGAAACCUAUAUACUCAAAAAAUUAUUGGUAUAUAUGAACUUAUUGAAGUGAUCUUGUGCAGAAAUUCAAUGUUUUUAGCUUGAAAUUAUUUGCAGAAAGGACAAAAUACACAGUUGUGUGUGCA